AUGCUCUAAUCAUAGAUAAAGUUUGGUUUGGCGCUGGCCUUGCCGAAGUAAACAUUUUUAUUUUAUAUUAGGAAAUUGGAAAAAUCUUUCUUUUAGAAAUGAUUAAAUAUUUGAAUAAGUACAAAUCUCCAGGCAUCAUGUUGGGUGCACUAUUUCCAUUAACUUCAGAGAAUGACUUCGAUAAAGUUGAGGUUGGUGUUGUAGAAGAACAAACCUCUGAUGGAUGGCAAAGAUUGCAAAAAAUGUUUGAGAUUGAUGAAUUUGGAGAUAUGAGUAAUGAACUAACUGUUGUUAGUCAAACAGCUAUGGUGAGCGGUUUUGCAGGCUUAAUUUAUGGAGGUGUUAUGAAUAGUAGGACUGCCUACACUGAUUUCAUGAGACAUAACACGGCAACAUCAUUUAGUUCUCAUUUUGAAGCAAAAAGGAAGCUCCAAGAUGCUGUGACAAAAAGCUUUGGUAAAGGAGCUUGGAAGUGGGGCUGGCGGGUCAGUUUAUUCACUACAUCUUUUGUGGGAAUUUCAACAAUGGUGUCGGUUUAUAGGGGAAAAAGUGGCAUUCGUGAAUAUAUUGUGGGAGGAGCACUUACAGGUACUUUAUACAAAUGGCAAAUGGGACCAAGAGGAUGGAUUGUUGGAGGGCUAUUAGGUAGUGUAUUGGGUCUCUUCUCAGGGUCAAUAUCUUAUGGUUUACUAAAAAUGAAUGGAUUAACAAUGAGUGAAUUGCGGAAAUAUCAAGCUGAUGUAGGAAAAGUUAGGAAAAACUUGAUCAAAGAAGGAAUGAGACUAAAAGAAGAAGAAGAUGAUGCCUUGAUUAAGGCACAUAGGGAAAAGCUAGUUUCAGAGAAUAAAAUUUAAUCGUAAUUUAUCAUUAGGUGUAAAUUAUUGUAAAUAUAAUGAAUUAUAAUGCAA